CAGAAUCUGCAGGACCCCCAGACCUGGACUUACCAAGACCACCAGAGCUGACCCAGACCAUCAGGACCCAGACCAUCAGGACCGACCCAGACCAUCAGGACCCAGACCAUCAGGACCGACCCAGACCACCAGAGCUGACCCAGACCAUCAGGACCCAGACCAUCAGGACCCAGACCAUCAGGACCGACCCAGACCAGCCAGCUGAGUAUUUCCAGGAUGUGGGUGUUUCUGAUAAUGGUCUGCCUGCUGGAUCAGAACCAGGCCUCCCCGUUACCAUGGGAACACAGUAGCCUUCAGCCCAUCCUCCAACAACAAGCGGACCAAACCAUGCCUUCUGCCGUUCCUGACCAGCUGAAAACCUCCUCCUCUUCAUCCUCCUCCUCAUCAGCUUCCUCCGAGUCCAGCCAGAGUUCAGAGGGUCCUCAACAGCUGAGAGAACGGCAGGCGCUGGAGAACGCGGCUGUGGAGCAGGUGGACUCCGCCCAGGAGAGCUCGGAGGUCCUCCAGCCUGCCAGUAACAGCAGCAGCACUCUGUGGCUCCAGGAACUGGUUUCACUGGGAGGGCGAGCGGGCGAGCGAGACGGAGAGAGAGACACCUGGGACGACGACAGCAGAGAGCGCCGACACCGGGUUCUGCAGCUGACCUCUCAGAGCCUCCUGAGUCCACCUCGACUCAAUCUCACCGAAGACCAGGAUGCCGCCGGGCCGGGCGAGGCCACCGGAGACCAGGGCGGGGCCAUCACAGAGGGGGGAGUGGCGGAAAAUGAAGUGGGCGUGGCAGCAGGAGAGGAGGGCGGGGUCAGAGGGGAAGAGAUCGACUCGGAGUUUCCUCACCUGUUGGCCGACGGCUCAGAGAGGCCGAACGGGCUGACCUUUGACUCCCACGAUCAGGGCCGCCGUGGAAACGAGGCGGAGCUAGAGCUGGGGCUGUAACUGAGGCCACGCCCCCUGUCGACGUCAUCAAUAACCAAUCAGUGACCUGAUUUCUAACCAGUUUACUAACAUCACACAGUUAUUAAGUGUGUUAUUUAUAAAACAUCAGCAUCCCCUUCAGACGGCGAGCCGAGCUGUGACUGCAGAGAGGAGACGCAGCGCCUCCGUGGUCUCUAACCGAUUCCUCCCGUUUUCACAUAUUUACACUGACUAUUUUACCAAUAAACACUCAUAAAAGAAGAGCCCAUAAAAUACAUAACAGGGAUUUGAACUACAGUAAGAACACUGGGAACAUCAAGCCUCGCCACGGUGUUAGAUUUCCAACUCCAGUUAAGUUAACACCGUCUUAUCCACCGUCGCACUUUAACUCCAGUGUAGCGGUCGGUUUGUUAAAGUAGUGAAACUCUCCUCGUAGUGCACCAGGUCUCUGGCGCAGGAACAAACACAGUAAACCUGAUUUCUGGUGUAGAAAUAUAAAUACAAAAACAUUUUACAGGACGAGUUCACUGAAGAAAACAACUAACCUGAUUAACCUGAUCUUUGUGUUGCUUCAUAUUUAAGCCUCAGACACGUGUGUCCUGUCUGUUAAUAAAGUUUCUUUCUCCAGUU